AGAAUAUGCGUUGGGUUCUAGCCGCUCUCCUUCUUUCGACGGGAUGUUCAACAGCAAUCGAAAGGAGAGCAAUCUUCGACUGCCGGCGGAUCGACACCGCAUUUUGCUGCACGUCAAGAGUUCGGACACUUUGUGCAGAACAGUGCAAAGAUGUGCUUUGCGGGGUCCCAGGCGUUCCUGACUUCAGCGCCCAAGAUGGUCGUGCUCGACAAGGUUUUCAAAGUAACUUUAAAACAGGUACCGAUCCAAGAUCUCACUUCGAAACGUUCGUUCAACAACCGUCGGGUUCUACCCAAUUUGGAUCUGGAUUUGGAUUUGGCUCAUCAGGACCACAUGACGGACAAGCACAAAUUGCUCGAAGCUCUGUAGAUGUCGUACCUGCGCCAGUGCCUCCUCCGCUACCUGUACAGUUUACUUCUGUUCCUCCUGUCAUCGUUACUCAGCCACCUUUUACUGGCUUUCCUACCUUGAUUCCUUUCGAGCCGAACAUUGAUGGGGGGUCGUUCGUCGCGAGAUCGCCGGAAGACGCCACUCCUCCGCCAUUUGUGCAUUCGACAGUGAUCAAGUCGAUAAACCACAGAGCGCGGACAACUCCAGACCCAAGAAUCAUAAAGCCACCAGACUCUCUAGUAGUCAUUGGCGACUACGAUGAAGAUUCUCUGUUGGACAAAGAAAAUCUCAAGGAGACUGUAGUUGAGACCGAAGAAGAAGCCAGCGAGACAGUACCUCAAAAGAUAUCUGGUAAACAAGGGGUUAUGAUGCCAAAGUCGUCUAUCUCUGAGGAAGCUCUUAUUGAUGCAAAGCAGAAAAGAGGAGAAUCCAGUGGAUGGAGGCAAACGCCAUCAAAAGGAUGGAGUGUCAAGAUAGUUCCUGUGCAGAAAGUAAAAAGUUGGCCUGAAGGAGUAGAGACGCUGCCGAAAUUUGCGGUUGAUGGGAUUGUAGCAGGUCGCGAAAAACCAGAUUCAGGUUCAGUCAUAAGGACAUUCUCGGUAGGACCAUCUAAAGUUAACAUGAUGGUACCAAGCAACGUUGAUUUUAUUGAACCGAAAGUCUUAGAGUUCAUUACACCCACGCGAACGACCCAAAUGCCAAUUCGACCUUCUCUAAGUCCUCGCUAUUUGAAAUCUGGGCCAUCUGAGCCUAAAUCAUCAUUUGUGGGGCGUCCAGCCACAAUGCAAAAAGCACUCAAACCUCAGCCACCAAACCUAGUCCCGCAAUGUGGCAUCGCUCCAGAGUUUACUCCAUGUGUCAGCUCACAAGAGGCUAGCCACGCACUAUUGGACUGUUGUCGGAGAAAGAACUUACCGCCAGGAUGCUUAGCUUUAUGCCGUUACGACAUCACGCAAACUGAGGUUCGCUCGGCUAUGGAUCGCGGCUUGUGUGGAAUAUUCAGUGUUGCUCCCUAUUUGGAGUGUGCUUCGCAAGGAAAAGACAAUUCCGAAUGUUGUAGACACAGAGGGAUUGUAGCUAAAACCGGACCUCAAUGCGAACAAUUUUGUCGACCUACAAAAGGAUUAACUCCAUUGGGUAUCCAGCAUAUUGUAUGUGCCAAUGCAAUCGGGGAUAUGCUCCACUGCCACCACUCAGGAAUCAGACUGCGACACUAACUUAGAUUGCCAGCUUUUGCUGUUCUUUUGAUGUUUGUACAGAACUUGGAUCUCUAUUGAUUUGUUGUUCAUCUGGAACCAUUAGAGCCAGAUUUCUUUAAGUUAGUGAUAGUUUUUCCCACAUUCAGGGUGAUCUACGAGCUAUUUUGAUGGAUUGAUAGCCAUCAUUUGCCAUUUUUACCACUGUGCUUUCAAGCUGCUUAUUGAUAUCAACAACAUUUAUAUACCAUGAUCAUACCAUUUCACUUUUCAAAAUAUUUUGUACAUGCUUGUUAUCUCAUUAUCCUGCUCAUUCUUUUGUUAAACAUCGACCACUUCAACGCUUUUGUAUCCAGUUAGAUCUCAAACUUUUAUCACCUUAACAAUGUCAUAAUCAAUCACUC